UGUUUAAAUAGAGGGGGCUUAUGUGGGCUAAUUUCGUUUUGUCAUCGGUAUACCUGUUGUUGUAUUGAUUUUUCAGCGCCCAGAACUUAAAAUUCGUGCCUGUGCGUGCCUGUUGCUAGAGCUGCAACGGUACUCCAAGUAGAUUCGCUGGCAAGCCCACUCCGCCCCACCUGCACCACCAUAGGUCUCGCCGAGACGGCUGUCCUAGACCUGAUGGCUGCCAAUUUGCAACAGCAGCGUUCCCUUAAUUCCCAACUACGUCGCGAGAUGGGAAUAGAACGGAUUCAGGUCUCUGAAGCGUGUACGCUGAUGAUGAAGUACAUAUUGGAGAACGAAGGGAACGACUCUCUGCUGAGCGGAUUCAACAGCCAAAACUUGAAUCCGUUCCGCGAGAAGAGCUCGUGCAGCAUCUUAUAAGUAUAAUUAUAAGUUCGAACUGUGCCACCCCACACACGUUCCUAACAACAGUAUUUAUUGAUAUAUACAAAAACUACUCAUAUAUUAUAUUGUACUCAAAUAGACCCGCCGAAUGGCGGGGAAUAUGCAUGCAUGUGUGUAUUAGUAUAACCUAUUGAUGUUUGUUGUAAGUAUGCUGACCUCAAUUAUGUCUAUAAACUGAAUAUAUACAAUGUAUAGGGCAGAUAUUUAUGAAUGUGUAAACAUUCGGGAACCGUCUUGAACAAAAAUGCCUGCAUAGUAUGUAUAGAUAUCGUGUAUUUUGCUAUCCUGUAGCUCUUUUUUGGAGAAAGACAUACAUAUUUAUGAAUUAGCAGCCCACUUCACCCCCUCUAUAAAUGUUUCCUAUUGAGAUAUCCGUCAAAUAAAUCUAUAUAUUCGUAAAAUAAAUCAAUGUAGACAAGCAUUUACACAUCAAGCCGUUUAUUUUUGAAACAAAAUAUUCUCUAAGGCACAUCUAUACGUAUAAAUUAAAACUUGCACGAUGAUCGACUCGAAGGCGGUUAAUCCCUAUUUUGUAUUUCUGGAUCAGUUUCGCGAUAAUCUGAAAAGACGGGGCAUAAAGAACAUAAAACCCACAGCCGUGGCCAAAAUUUGUGGACAAAAAUGGCGCGAAAUGAGUGAUUCUCAGAAGUCUGUGUAUAUUAAAAAGGCCAAGAUCAACCGUGAGAUCUUAGACUUUGAAUUAUUCGGGAAAAAAGCGUAGGAGAACUGGAGCACCACAUAAGUCUGAUGGGUCACGCUCUUCCUGGUAGCGAAUCACUUUGGUUAUCGAAAUUAUAAAGUUAAAAUCCGCGGCAUAAUUUCACAUGUGACGACGCUGGAUGAUGCUGUGCUAGGAUUGUCUGCAGCUUUGCAACCUGGAGUGGAAAUGUUAAGCGCGAAAGAAUCAUUUUCAAUCCGUUCUUAUUAUGAUGAGUCAAACAGCUGUUCAACCGAUGAGUAGUGUUAAAAAAUCCACAGUGUUUUUAGAUUAAAACAAAUUAAAUCAAAAAUCAAAACAAA